AUGUGGCCUUCCUGGGUGAAGAAACGCGCUCCCAGCUCCACCUCCACCCCAUGCCCAUCCAUCGAGCUCGUCGCCGCUGCCGCCACCCCCUCCCUCAAAGACAUCCUCUCCCUGCUCCACCCGGAGCCUGCUGCCAACCCGCCGCAGCCCGGCGCGCCGUCGCCGCGCGUCUUCCAUCGUCUCCGCGUCGCGGCCUCCGCUCUCCGGCUCCUCCGCGCCCUCCAGCCGGCGCAGGCCGCCGCCGCCGCCGAGCAGGAAGGCGGGCGGCUGGUGCUGUACUUCACCUCGCUCCAGGCCAUCCGCCGCACCUUCGAGGACUGCAGCGCCGUGCGCGCCAUCCUGCGGGGGCUGCGCGCCGCCGUCGACGAGCGCGACCUCUCCAUGGACGCCAGCUUCGCCCCGGAGCUCGCCGCGCUCCUGCCAGGCCGCCCCCGCGCCGACGUGACCCUGCCCCAGCUCUUCGUCCGCGGCCGGCACCUCGGCGGCGCCGAGGAGGUCCGCCGCCUCCACGAGUCCGGCCAGCUCGCCCGCAUCGUCGUGCCCGCGCCCGCCCCCUGCGCCCGCUGCCGCGGCGUGCGCUUCGUGCUCUGCGGCAGCUGCAGCGGGAGCCACAAGCAGUUCACCCUGAAGAUCAGCGGCGUCGGCGGCCGCUUCCGCGAGUGCGCCGACUGCAACACGAAUGGCCUCGUCCGGUGCCCCGCCUGCUUCCCCCCGGCCGCCUGA